UUCCUCCUUUCCUUCCUUAUGCAAGUCUGCUACAGAAGAGAAGAAUCGCAUAACCAUUUGAUGUUAGAAAUUUAAUUACGAUUAGUCAAGAGAAGACGAAGAAGAAGAAAUCAAAGCUUCAAUGGCGUCGUCAAUGGACUCCAAACAACUCAUCGACUCGCUUACUGCUCACAUGUCCCUCUACCACUCUUCAUCAACAUCAACCACCCCUGUUUCUUCUCUACCCACAAACCCUAGAUCUUCUAUUCUCAAUUGGUUCUCUUCCCUCUCUCCCCACCAACGCCAAUCCCAUCUCACCGUCGUUGAUUUUAAUUUCACCCAAAUUCUCCUCCAAAUGCAAGAAAAACUCAUAUCUGAUGGCCACGGUUUUUUCAUCGUCUUGCCAGAUAUUCCCUCCGGUGAUCGACCAGGACUUCCUAGUCUUUGCUACAGGAGGUCUCAUGGGCUGUUGGCAAGGACAAGCGAGACCAACAAGUCGGAGCGGCUAAUUCAUGAUUCAGUCCGGUUGUUUAAUUCCAAGGAAGGUGAGAGAUUGGAGAAUUCUGCUUGUUGUUCUCAGGGUUCUAAGGAUUUCUUGGACUCUAUUACAGUGUGCGAGAGUUUUGUGGAAAAUGUGGAAAGUUUUAUUGCCUCCAUGGAUGAGAUGUCUAAUGGUAGUUUCUUGAGGGGGGAGGAAAAUGGGUUGUGUGCAAAAUGGGCGGAAUUGGAGUGGCUGAAGAAUAAAGGGUAUUACAGCAUUGGGGCAUUUGUAGUAAACAGGUUAGAGGUGGCAUUGAGAUUGUCGUGGUUGAAUUGUCAUGCUGGCAAGAAAAGAGGGGUGAAACUUAAGGACAAGGUGGGUAUGUCUGGAAUUGCAGCAAACGUUUAUUGGAGGAAGAAAGGAUGUAUUGAAUGGUGGACGAAGUUGGAUGUUGCUAUGAGGAGGAAGAUCUUCCAGACUUUCUUUGGAAAAGCAGCCAAGUCUCUGGUUUCUGAAAUGGGGAAGGGAGCAAAUGGUACUUGUCAUGGUGAAAUAUGUAUUUCUUGUGCAGAAUCAAGAAAAAAAUUAAGACUUAAUAGGUCUGUAUCAUCUCAAGGGGAUCUCUUUUGCUUGAGUCAGAAUCCUGCUGAACGUUCAGGAAAAUAUCCAUCAUAUGCCUCCUCCAUUUUUGGACUAUUUAUUCUUGAAGAUAUUGUCACUCUGCUAUCUCAAUAUCAGCAUAGUGAAUAUGGUGAAGAGAGAGUAUUUUUCAGCUCAUUGAUUUCAGUUAGCACCAUAUCAGAUUUCAUAUUCAGGAAAUUCCGAGAUUUACUCAUGUUGGUUUCACUUGAUUGCACAAAACUGGAACUUCUGGAAGAAGAUAGCUUGACUCUUUCUUCAAAGAAAUCCAAUGAGAAAGUUGCUACUACCACCACCCGUAAGAAAAAAAGUAGGAGUCGUAAUACUAAAAGACAGAACCCUGUACAAAAAUCUUCUGGAAACGAUCCACCAUUUAAUCAACCAACUAAGGAUCAUGACAAUGGAUCUACUUGUACCAAGGGCACUGAUAGUGCUUUUCCAAAUGGAGCAGCUGAUAAACCUCAGAUUAUUAAGAAGGAACAUUGUAGUAAAGUUGUCAAUGACAAUGUCAAAAGAGUUUCUAGGAAGGGUAAGAACAAGGAGAGUGAAGUUAAGAAGGUUGGUUUAGGCAAUGCAGUUGAAGUUAUAUUAUCAGAAUGCAAAAGCAUGGAUGCUGACAGACCCUCUGCCAGCCAAGGUGAAGCUAAUGGCCCUGGUUGCGGAUCUGGUGAUUGUGUUGUUCUAAAUGGUUCUAAGGAUGUUUUAUCUAGUAUUGGAUCUAUACCAAAAUUAGAUACUAGUAAUCUGGUUGGUGAACAGGUUGGGGGGAACAAUCUGGUUCAAAUAACGCGGACAGGCUCGGUUGUCUCUGCUCCUGAAAGCAGGACUGAGUUGAAUCAUGGUGGGAUUCCCAAUGUAAAAACUGACAAGCACACUGCAGAUGCUGAUGGAGGAACUGUUAAAGAGAUGCCUUCUAACAUUCCUGUGACUGAAUUAGAUGUUUCACAGUCCAAAAAAGUUAAUCUCAGAGGCUAUAUAAUUGCCAAAGAAACAGACACCAAACCCAUGUUUUCUGAAGUAACAACCAGAGUUGUUGAUGUAGAAGGUCAAAAUACUUAUUCUCGGGAAUCAAGAAUUGGGACUGGUUCCAUUAACUCUUUGGCAUGCCAUUCGCAUGAAUGGCCUAGGGUACCUCUUGUUCAUUUGUCUUCUUUCAAUUCACAUCUCCCGGCUGCCACAGAUAGACUACAUCUUGAUGUCAGUUACAACUGGAAAAAUCAUUUUCUACAGUCGUUUUCAUCAUCUGUACCGCAAAUAAGAAAUUCGCGUGUGGAGAAAGUUUGCAGCCAGGUUGUCGCAUGUCCACUGCCCAUGAGUCUAGACUGGCCCCCAAUGGUGCGUAAUGGGUGUGGAUUGGCCCCUGCAAUGGCAUGCGGAUAUGACUCUGGAUUUAUCUCCAGAAGGCAAUCUUCUUUUCAGAGCUUAACUCGUAGCAUGCAUAAAAAUGCAAUAGUUGACGAUGAAUGGAUGUAUUCUGGAGAUUUUGCAGAGCUGUCUGAUAUGACAAGUUGUCUUGAACUGGGAGAUGAUCAAGAGAGUCACUGGGUAUCUGAGGAAGAACUCGAGAUGCAUGCAGUUUCUGGUAUGGAUUACAAUCAGCACUUUGGUGGUGGUGUGAUGUACUGGAAUCCUUCUGAUUAUCCAACUUCAAGUUUUUCUCGUCCUCCCUCUCUUAGUUCUGACGAUGGCUUGUGGGCUUGUCGAGAAGCAGACAUGAACAGAACUGUUGAUGAUAUGGUUUCCUUCUCUUCAUCUUAUAGUACUAAUGGUUUGACUUCACCAUCUGCUGCUUCCUUUUGUUCUCCUUUUGAUCCUUUGGGGCCAGCACACCAGUCUGUUAGUUAUGUUGUACCAGGGAAAGAAAUAUCUGGGAAGUUACUGCAUUCCUCUUCAACAAUCAGUGAAUCGACUACAGAGGAGAAGGCUUCUGGCUCAUACUCCAGCAAACCUUGUGAUGGAGAAGCUAAAUUAGGAGAUUCUCUUCCUUAUCCUAUUCUACCACCAAUUAUAGUAUCAAAUGUGUCAAGAGAAAGAACCAGGGCUGAUUUCAAGUUAAGUCAUGAUCUUAGAAGCCCAUGUGUUCCUCCAAGCAGGAGGGAGCAACCUCGCAUAAAGAGGCCACCAUCACCAGUGGUGCUUUGUGUUCCCCAUGCUCCUCGUCCACCUCCUCCUCCUGUUAGUGAUGCCAGAAAACACAGGGGUUUUCCAACUGUUCGUUCUGGUAGUUCCAGUCCUAGACACUGGGGUUUGAAAGGGGUAUAUCAUGAUGCUAUGAGCUUUGAGGAAGCUUGUAUGCGUGUGGAUGGUAUUGAAGUAGUCUGGCCAUCAUGGAGAAACAAGAGUCUAAUGUCUCACGCAAUAAAUCAAGGUCCACCUGAGGCCUUACUGCAAGAUCACCUCAUUGCAAUAUCUCAUUUAUCCCAUGAACAAGAACAUCCGGAUCUUGCGUUUCCUUUGGAACCACCUGAGUUACCUAGUUGUCCAUCAAGGAAAGCAUCUCUCUCAUCUAUUCACAGCCUUCUCCAUGAUGAAAUAGAUGCUUUCUGUAAACAGAUUGCUGAACGGAAUUUGAUUAGGAAACCCUACAUUAAUUGGGCUGUCAAGCGAGUUGCUAGGUCAUUACAAGUCUUAUGGCCUAGAUCAAGGACAAACGUUUUUGGCUCAAAUGCUACUGGAUUGUCUCUGCCAACAAGUGAUGUUGAUCUAGUGGUUUGUCUUCCACCUGUUAGAAACUUGGAACCUAUUAAAGAAGCUGGAAUUUUGGAGGGACGCAAUGGUAUUAAAGAAACUUGCCUUCAGCAUGCAGCUAGAUAUCUGGCAAAUCAAGAGUGGGUUAGAAAUGAUUCUCUCAAGAUCGUGGAGAACACUGCUAUACCUAUAAUCAUGCUUGUGGUGGAAGUUCCACAUGAUCUUAUUAUCCCAGCUGCUUCAACUAUAUCAACAUCAAAAGGGAAGAGAGUUGAGGUUCUUGGUGAACAAGGUGAUACUUAUGGGGUUGGGGAUGGUGCUGAUAACAGUAGCAGAAAGGAUGCACAAUCAAUUCAUCUCGACAUUAGUUUCAAGUCAUCAUCACAUACUGGACUCCAAACGACAGAACUGGUCAAAGGGCUCACAGAGCAAUUCCCUGCAGCCACAUUCCUUGCUUUGGUGCUGAAGCAGUUUUUGGCUGAUCGUAGCCUUGAUCAAUCUUACUCAGGUGGUUUAAGUUCAUAUUGUUUGAUAUUGCUGAUUACACGCUUUCUUCAACAUGAACAUCAUCAUGGACGGCCAAUUAACCAAAAUUUUGGUGGCCUCCUAAUGGAUUUUCUCUAUUUUUUUGGGAAUUUGUUUGAUCCUCGUCAAAUGCGUGUUUCAGUACGGGGAAGUGGACUAUACAUUAACAGAGAAAGAGGAUAUAGCAUUGACCCGAUCUGUAUUGAUGAUCCGCUAUUUCCAACUAAUAAUGUGGGCCGCAAUUGCUUUCGUAUUCAUCAGUGUAUCAAGGCUUUUGCGGAUGCUUAUUCCACUCUGGAGAGUGAAUUCUCAUCUCUUCCCAUUGAUGGCGACUUGCACACAAGGGCAUCGUAUAAUCUCCUUUCAACAAUUAUUCCAAGUAUUGAUCUCGUGUAGAUUUUCAUCAAUAUGAAUAGAUCUACAUGUUUCUAAGAGGAGGGGUUCUAGCGAUCUGCCAAUAUAUAUACUGAACUGGGCUUGUGGGCUGCCCUUUCUUGGUCUAGAUGAUGCCACGUUGUCAUCACACAGCAUGGGCACUCUUUCAGGAUGAAGAACUGUUCAGACGCCUUCAGUUGAAACUAGCAUCAUCAAGAACGAAUGAACCUAAAUUAGUGGGGUCUCAAUUCAUAUUGCGGUUUCAGCUGCAGAUCCUGAACCAUGAUAAACCCUAAGUAUUCUGUUAGUGUGUGCUAAAGAAUGAGUGAUUGCUGUAAACUGUGGCUCAAUCUCUUAAUAGUAAAAGGGGAAGUGGUCUAUAAAUUUAUAGAAAGGGCUUAAACUAUAUGGAAAAGCCACUAGAAGAAUGUUCAAAUUGCUAAGGUGGAAUGGAACAAAUGUUAUUGGGUCCCACCAUAGAGCUUUAAAGACUCAUGAAAAACAAGGUCAAAUGUUCUGGCAGCGAAUUAUACAUCGGUUUUCUAUCCCACCUUAGUCCUGUUUUUAAGUUGUAGGCUGUGUCUGUGAUGAGGUUUCCAACUAAUAAACCCAAUUUGAGGAUUCCUCACCUUUGUAUGUAUGUAUGUAUGAAGUUUAUAGUUGUAGCUAAAGGUUGUUCUUUUAACCAUUAUCUGUUAAUACUUAUGUCACAGUUUUUGAAGUGCAAAAAUAGC